GGAUAUCUCACUAUUGAAAUGGCAACAAUGAAGCGCGUACUCUGCGGACUGCAACUUCUUCACCUCUUCAUAACUUUUAUCAGCGGAACACCUUUCCAUUAUAGCAUGUUCCAAGGCAACGCGUAUUCAGGCUCCGACACACGACAGAGAAACAAAAAUUGGUGUGCCUACGUUGUGCACAAGAACGUCACCUGUGCCGUCGUGGGAGGCACGGAGAGUUUCGUGCAGCCGGAGGCUUUGCCGUGUCCUCCGGAGCUGCCGAACUGUGCCAAAGAAGUGAUAUAUCGGACUCACUUCAGACCUAUGUACAAGAUUGGAUACAAGACUGUAACAGAGCUGGCGUGGAGAUGCUGCCCAGGGUACCAGGGACAGGACUGCAGGGAGGUGAAAGACAUGAAGAUGCUUCAAGCUCCCCCUGCCUUAGGACAUAUGCAAUUCCCUCAAGUGCCAUCACAGCGGACAGACAGCCAGAGUAACCAUCCAUGGGGAGGGGAGAGGCAGCUUGCAGGUCAGACAGGUCACAGGCACCUAGGGGGUCAUGGAGGAUCGCAAAAUGCACAACACCUGGAGGCCGAGGUUCAGAGGCUGUCCCAGAUGGUCCUCGACAUGCAGGCAAGAAUGACAGACAUGUCAUCCAACCUGAGACUGGAUUUCCAGGAAGAUGCCAGUAAAAUGUUUGUCACGCUGAUGAAUAACUACAAACAGCCCGCCAGCGCCAGGGGGGAAGAGGCCCGAACGGUUCAAGUGCAGGACUUCUCCUUUGAGCGUGAUCCAGCACCAAUUGAUGAGGUCAUGAACAAGAUCAGCCAGGUGUCACAGGACCUAGAGACCAAAAGGAACACCUUGGAUGACCUGUUGGGACGUGUCAGCCGCCAUGACGGACAAAUUCAUCUGCUAAUGGAGGCUGCCCAGAACCACCUACCUUCACAUACUUCUGCCCCUUCAACCAGUGACGCAGAUAUGCGAGCCUACAUCGAUGAGAAAGUCAGCGCCCUGAGAGAGGAAUUAAUGGAGGGUAUGGAAAUCAAACUGGCGGACUUGAAGAACUCAUGCGAUUAUAAGAUCCUCUCAGUUCGGGAGCAGUGUGAGGGACAAGAAGCCAACUACCUCAGCCUGGCUGAGCUCAUGGACUCAAAGGAAACUGAUCUCCGUGGUGAAAUCCAGGACCUGAAAACCAAGCUUGUUGCCAGGAACUGUGAAACUGAUCCACUUCUGGCUCGUGUGGAGAACCUUGAGAUCCGUCUGAACUCAUCUGAGAAGACAGUAGAUACUGGGUGCCUUUCAGUGGAGGAGAAGCUAAAGAGAGAACGGGAAGAGGCAUUCAGAGACCUGAAGGAGACCCUGGAGGACAAGCUGGCCUCCGUGGAAGAUAGACUCACAACCGUGUUUGUUGAUACAAGCAUCAACUCAUCGGCUGGUGGCCACCCAGACAGUCCAAACAAUCUACAAGGAGACAUUCAGUCACUAAAGGGCUCCAUUCAAAGCUUGGAGAAGCGCUUCAAUGUCUUGGACCAGCUGUGCUCAAAAGAGUGCAAAGCUAAUAUAAGUGUUGUAGAAAGCAUUCAACAAGACUUCAAGAGCUGCAAAACAGCCAUAGAUGCUUUAGAAUUUGGCCGUAAAGCCAAUAUGGAUGGCCUUGGAGCCAUUGAGGCGAAACUGUUCAACUACAGCACAAGCAUUGACAAUGUCAGCGGCGAGUUAAAUGGUCUGAAAGGACACUUGGGAAGGUUGGAGGAUUCACUAUCAGAAGUGGCUAACCAGCAGUCUCAGACAAUCCAGAGCCUCAACUCUACAUUGGGUCAAGAUAAAUCUGCAGCAGAUCAGGAAGUUAAGGAUCUUUUGGAGCUCCACAAGACUCAGAAUCACGAGCUGAGAAACCGUCUGGGUGCGUUGGCCAUGCAGGUGAAAGCCGAGGCUGAUAACUGCCGGGAACAAACAGUGGACAUCGGAAAAGAGGUUUCUCACAUGGACAGCCGCAUCGUUAGUUUGGAGAGUUUAUGCAACAAGCUGGAUCCUAUCUCUGGUAGCCUUCAGAGGAUCAAAGAAGGUCUAAAUAAACAUGUCACUGGGUUGUGGACUUGUGUGAACCAGCUGAAUGCUACAGUUAGAGGUCAUUCCGAAGACAUUGGGGGACUGAGGGGAGCCAGUCAGAACCUUCAGAACCACAUCUCUAGUAUUGCCAGAGAUCUUCAGGAGCUGAUUAACAGCAACCCUGGGAGGACAGGUGUUCGGGUUGGCGUGGAUGACGCAGGACUUUCCCAAGGUUCAGGUCACAGCAUCACACAGCCCGUCGGGCCCCUGGACCCCUCCCUCCUGCAGCCGACUGUCAUAGAGACCGGAGUGGCGGGACCUCCCGGCAUGAUGACCUCGUCCAAGCUGCCUAAGGGGACGGACGGCAGCACGACGCCUGUUCAGGGAUUUGCUGGGGCUCCAGCUUCACCGUCCACAUCCACGGACUCUCUGAAAACCAGUACACCAACCACCAAAGAUAUGAAAAUGACCCAAAUCACACCACCACAGAAAACCACUUUGACAUCAGGUGAGGCCGUGUCAUUCUCUGCUGGUUUGACUCUUCUGCCGUUCCCCGGAGAGAUAGGAAUCAUUCGGUUCAAUAAGGUGCUUGUCAACGAUGGAGGACACUAUGACGCUCAGACAGGUAUCUUCACAGCUCCCAUAGAUGGACGUUACCUGCUGACCGCCAUCCUCACAGCCCAGCGAGGCGAGAAGGUGGAGGCCGUCCUGUCCGUGUCCAAUCGCAGCGUCCAGAAGCUGGACUCCUCAGGUUUCCUAUCAGGAGCUGCAGCGCCGCUGCCGUCACACGCUAACUGUACCUGCAGCAGCUCGACGUCACUGAGCCUGGUUCUGACGCUGAAGAGAGGAGACCGAGUGGGACUCGUCAUGACCGCUGGGAAACUCGCAAUCUCAGCCUCUCCAGAGAUCCUGUCGACUUUCAGUGGUGUGCUUCUUUACCCCAGUCCAGCCAAACGGUAGCCCUGCCUCUUUUAAGGACAACUGAUACCUGAUAUAAACCCUGAGUAGAGAGAUGUUCAUUAAUGAUGAUUCAUGAUUUCAUUCAUUAUUGUGUUUUAUCAGAAGAGAGACGAUCUACUAACCAGAUAGAAAGAAAGGGAUCAGCAAAAACUGAAAAUAAAGUAUAUGAAUAGAGAUGGUUUCUAUCAUGAGUACUAAUAUAUAGUGUUUACAUUGCAGUGAUUUCUUUAUGAGGUUUAGCUCAUGAUCUAGACUGCUAAGAAAUAUUUCUCUUUACCAUUCAUGUCUGACCUCUGCAGACACCUUCGUUUCAACCUUAGACUUCAAAGUGACAUUUAGUACCAUGAAACUACUGUACACUCGUCAUUUCUGUCGUUCUUAAUCAUGAUUUUUCUUUAAAGAUUAUCGGCUCAGUCCCAUUUCUUUUACCUCUACUCUUCACUACAAGGUGUAGCGGUGAAACCUUGACCCUUCACCUCCAUUCAGGCAAGGAUUGGGACUCCCUGCCCUUUGAUCAGGGUAUACACAGAAAGUCUGACAAUGAAUUAAAUACUUUUCAAGAUCCUCAUUAUAUUUUAUGAGCCCAGUGAAUCUUUGAUCUCUAACCAGUUAUUUUCAUGUUUUUUGCAGAUUGUAAAAUAAGAAUGUGACGAUAUAGUCAAGAAAAUGUAGAUAGUAGUAUGCAAAUUAACUCCUACCACUUCUCAGAAAACUUGAAUUUACAUGCACUCAAUCACAUAGUUAACCUGCUAACUAGCAACGCAGCAGAGCUUAAAGCAGUGUUUUUCAGCCUUUUUUGAGGCACAGCACAUUUUAAAAUCAAGAAAAAUCCUAGGGCACACCACAAACCAAAAAACACGUUACAAGUUCAGCUAUUAACUAGCUAGCUUUGAGAGCUUUCUUUGUGGUUUUUCUCAUUAAAGUUGCCUGUUUCUCAGUUUGUUCCCACAGGCGAACAAAAUGGUCUGUGUUCUUGUUUUAACUUUCGCUGUACUGCCUCAAACUCCCUGCUUUUGGCUUCUUUUGACCACCACUCACACUAGGCAUCUCAUCUUGGUUAGAAUUUUGACCAGGACCCUGGUCAGAGUCUUUAUUUUUCUUUUCAAAUGUUUAUCCAUUGCUGUUGCACUUCACGUCACCGCCACAUUUAUCAUGCAUCACUAAUUCUGUUGUAUUAAAUUGAUAAGGUAACUAGAAAAGCACUCAGUGAGUGCAGACCUCCGCCACCAGCCCUAUCUCCCAAUAGUAAAGCAUCCUUUAAAAAAUUCAUGGAUCCAG